GCGCCUCCACAUCCCAGCAACGAUCGCAGGCCCGUAGCUGCGACCCUUCACCACACCUCUCUCUCCGCCACCUCUCGAUACCCCCCAACUCGGCCCUGUCCCCCGUCGCAGCCAUGGCUCCCGAAACCGUCGAUCCCCGCAUGAUGUCCGUCAAGCCUAGGAUACGUUACAACACCAUCGGCGGUGUGAACGGUCCAUUGGUCAUUCUCGAGAAUGUCAAAUUCCCGAGGUUCAACGAAAUCGUUUCGUUGACGCUGCCCGAUGGCACUGAGCGGUCUGGUCAGGUUCUGGAGGCGAGAGGCAACCGUGCCGUCGUUCAGGUGUUUGAAGGUACCUCGGGCAUCGAUGUCAAGAAGACCAAAGUCGAGUUCUCCGGCCACAGCUUGAAGCUUGGUGUGUCCGAGGACAUGCUGGGUCGUAUCUUCGAUGGUUCGGGUCGUGCCAUCGACAAGGGCCCGAAGGUCCUGGCGGAGGAGUACCUGGACAUCAACGGCUCUCCCAUCAACCCUUACUCUCGUGUCUACCCCGAGGAAAUGAUCUCGACGGGUAUCUCCGCCAUUGACACGAUGAACUCGAUUGCCCGUGGACAGAAGAUUCCCAUCUUCUCGGCCGCCGGUCUCCCCCACAACGAAAUUGCCGCGCAGAUCUGUAGGCAGGCCAGCUUGGUCAAGCCGACGAAGGGCAUUCACGACGACCACGAGGACAACUUCUCCAUCGUGUUCGGUGCCAUGGGUGUCAACUUGGAGACGAGCCGCUUCUUCACGAGGGACUUUGAGGAGAACGGCAGCAUGGAACGUGUCACGCUGUUCCUGAACUUGGCCAACGAUCCUACGAUCGAGCGUAUCAUCACGCCUCGUCUGGCCCUGACCACCGCCGAGUACUACGCCUACCAGCUCGAGAAGCAUGUUCUGGUCAUCCUGACGGAUCUGUCCUCGUACUGCGAUGCCUUGCGUGAGGUUUCGGCCGCUCGUGAAGAAGUGCCCGGUCGUCGUGGUUACCCCGGUUACAUGUACACUGAUUUGUCCACCAUCUACGAGCGUGCCGGUCGUGUCGAGGGCAGGAACGGCUCCAUCACCCAGAUCCCCAUUCUGACCAUGCCUAACGAUGACAUCACCCACCCCAUUCCCGACUUGACGGGCUACAUUACCGAGGGCCAGAUCUUCAUUGACCGUCAACUGUACAACAAGGGUGUCUACCCGCCCAUCAACGUGCUGCCGUCGCUGUCGCGUCUGAUGAAGUCGGCCAUCGGCGAGGGCCGCACGCGCAAGGACCACGGCGACGUGUCCAACCAGCUCUACGCCAAGUACGCCAUUGGUCGUGACGCGGCGGCCAUGAAGGCGGUCGUGGGUGAGGAGGCGCUGUCGUCGGAGGAUAAGCUGUCGCUAGAGUUCCUGGAGAAGUUUGAGAAGACGUUCAUCUCGCAGUCGCCGUACGAGGCGCGCACCAUCUACGAGUCGCUGGACCUGGCGUGGUCGCUGCUGCGCAUCUACCCCAAGGACCUGCUCAACCGCAUCCCCGCCAAGGUGCUCGACCAGUUCUACCAGCGCCGCGCCGAGGAGAAGCGCGCCCGCCGCGGUAACAAGGACACCCGCGACAAUGCGGAGCCCGAGCAGGCCCAGCAGGGCGAGGAGAACUUGGUCGAUGUGUAGAUGGGCAUGCCAGGAGUGGGUUUGCUGGCAGGAAUCACGGGAUGCGCAGG